AUGUUGAAGAAUUUGGCGAUCUUUCUCACCAUUCUAAUCUUCUCAAGUGCUCAUGAAGCGAAAGAGUCUGGAACCAGCAUGAACCCUCCUCGUUCAGUUUCUUUAGACUUGUUUCAUGUCUUAGAAGCUGAUCAUUUAAAAUACCCUCCAUCUGGACCUAACCCUGGUCCUCCUCAUCUAACUUCUUCAGACUCGCUUCGAGUCUCAGCAACAGCUGACCCUUUGAAAUACCCUCCAUCUGGACCUAACCCUAGUCCUUCUCAUCUAGCUUCUUCAGACUCGCUUCGAAUCUCAGCAACGGCUGACCCUUUGAAAUACUCUCCAUCUGGACCUAACCCUGGUCCUCCUCAUCUAGCCUCUUUAAACUCGCUUCGAGUCUCGGCAACGGCUGGCCCUUUGAAAUACCCUCCAUCUGGACCUAACCCAGGUCCUCCUCAUCUAGCUUCUUCAGACUCGCUUCGAGUCUCAUCAACGACUGACCCUUUGAAAUACCCUCCAUCUGGACCUAACCCUGGUCCUCCUCAUCUAGCCUCUUCAGACUCGCUUCGAGUCUCGGCAACGGCUGACCCUUUGAAAUACCCUCCAUCUGGACCUAACCCAGGUCCUCCUCAUCUAGCUUCUUCAGACUCGCUUCGAGUCUCAUCAACGACUGACCCUUUGAAAUACCCUCCAUCUGGACCUAACCCUGGUCCUCCUCAUCUAGCCUUUUUAAACUCGCUUUACCCUCCAUCUGGACCCAACCCUGGUCCUCCUCAUGUAACUUAUUUAGACUCGCUUCGAGUCUCAGCAACAAUUGAUCCUUUGAAAUACCCUCCAUCUGGACCCAAUCCUGGUCCUCCUCAUCUAGCCUCUUUAAACUCGUUUCGAGUCUCAGAAGUUGACCCUUUGAAAUACCCUCCAUCCGGACCUAACCCUGGUCCUCCCCAUGCCCUUCAUUGA